GUACUUUUUGUACGGGUCGGAGAUCUCGCCGCGCUAACGAAACACGAGCUCAAAUAGAAGAAACAGGAAGGGGCUGAGCGUUUACUGGAUAAUAGAAAUCGCAGCUGUGCUCGCUAUUCAACCGUUAGCUCCGUUGAGAACAGUCCAACAGCUUCAAGUAGCUGGGACUUGUCAGUUUUUUGGGAGUGCAAUUCGUCCCAAACUAAAAGAUGAAUUCACUGGGCAGUUCUUCCAAGUGGCCAUCAUACGACUCGCUGCCCUCCACCUCGAGCUUCAUCCUGAGUGAGAGCGAGCAGACUGAGGAUGAAACAGACAUCUUCUCAGAGGGUGAGGGAGAUGGUGGAAUGAAAGGAUCCCUCUCAGCUGAUGAGGAAAUCUCAAUUUCGAGAGUUUACCUCGACUUCCCACACCAUGCAGAUCAGCUGCACUCAAAGUCUAAGCACGACCAGUCUGAAUUUUGCCCUGAUAAAGCUAAACAUCCUGACCCAGCCUCUUCUCCCGGAGCUGCCACACUCAGGUUAUCAUCGGCGACACCAGGGGACCUGGCCUUUGCUCAGAAAUGUGCUGAUUUACACAGGUUUAUCCAUCCAUUGCUUGAGCUUCUGCGUGGAUUAAAGACUGGGAGAUUUGAAAAAGGUUUAACCAGUUUCCAGCAGAGUGUUGCCAUAGACAGACUGCAGAGGAUUCUGGGAAUGCUGCAGAAACCUGAAAUGGGUGAAAAAUACCUUCAGAAUUUGAUGCAGAUAGAAAUACUGCUGAAAACAUGGUUCCCUAGGGAGGCAUUUAAGUCUACAGACACACCAAACCUGAGAAGCACUCCUAAACUUGCACCACACCGACGUGAAAAUCAGCUCCACAUGCCGGUUAAGAAGAGGAAACUGAGCUGGACAGACCCUGACGGUGCUGGCAGCGUCCCCACCAAGCUGAACUGCCACCAACAUGGAAAACAGCAGAGCUGCCGCGCUACGAAUUCACACAAGAUCAUUUCCACAUGUCUUCCUUUAUCACAUAACAUACAAAACACACCAGAGGAAGAAACAGCUGAACUAGCUGGUGCCAACUGUUCAUCUGGAGAUAAGUUUACAGACGGGGUUGGUUCUUUAGGCAGGUCCUCAUGUUUAUGCAGCAGGAGAGAAAAUGAGGAGCAGAAGCCUCUCGAGAUUUCUGUGCUCGCCUCGCGUGGCAGUCCAGUUACACAGGACUGCUCAGUGUCUUCGAGCAACGUCAUAACUACAAAUGACUCACCUUAACUGGUGGUAGCCGACCUUGCUCUCACAUGGAGGUGCUUCAGCGUGCCAGCCAGAGUAAAGGCAGUGGGCGGACUUGAUUACAUAAGCAUAAAGUUAGGCGUAGAGCCAGUCUGUGAUGGCUGCAAGGCACAACACAGCGGAGG